AUGAAGAUCCAACUCUCUGCUCUAGUGGCCUGGAUGGCCUGUCAAGAGACACUCGCCGCAUUUUCUCCACCACCCAGUAGUCGUCAUGUUAUGCCUAGUCGAACCAACAACCACUUUGUCGUGGUGAGCCACACGGGUGCUCUUUCCAUGAGUGUGGGCAAUUCCACCUCGGAUCCACUACUCCAGCAGAAAGAGCAACCAACAAAGAAGCAGAAGGAUAUCGAUCCCAAAUCGUUUGCCAGCAAAAUGGACGCCGAAUUGGACAGUCUCAAUGAAAAGAUCCAGAAAAAGGAAUCCGAAAAGGACCAGUCGGAUAACACUAUGGAUGCCUAUAACCAAGCUCUGCAGAACACCAUGCGCCAAGUGGAUCAAGACAGUACUACCAAGAAGACGACUGCCGGCAAGGGAUUUGGUGCUCCCAAGGCUACGACUACCACAACGGACAAGAAGAAAAAGGACGUGGAUGCCACGUGGGAUGCUAAUUUCGAGGAAUUGAAAAACUUUCAAGUCGGAGGAGAGUCCAAGAGUAGCAAGACACCUCUCGAGUUGAUCCAAGAGGCCAAAAAGGCCAAGGAAUCCAGCAAAAAACCUGAUGUUGCUGCCGCCAAGCAAGAAAUCAUGACUCCUGCCCAACAAAUGGCUCAGGUCAGCAAGGCCAUGAUGGACGAGAAGAAGAAAAUGGAACCGCCCAAGAAGGUUGUCGCGUCCACACCUCCUCCACCAAAGGUUGAGGAACCCAAAAAGGUGGAACUGCCCAAGAAGGUUGUGGAACCUGUCGUGGCCAAGAAGGUUGUGGCUUCUACCCCGCCUCCACCAAAGAUUGAGGAACCCAAAAAGGUAGAAAUCCCUGUUGCCAAGAAGACUGUUGUGGAGGAACCCAAAAAAAUGGAACAGCCCAAGAAGGUUGUGGCUUCUACCCCUCCUCCACCAAAGAUGGAGGAACCAAAAAAGGUGGAACUGCCCAAGCAGGUGGUGGAACCUGUCGUGGCCAAGAAGGUUGUGGCUUCCACCCCUCCUCCACCAAAGAUGGAACAGCCCAAGAAGGUGGAGAUUCCUCCUCCGGUUGUGGAACCUGUUGUGGCCAAGAAGGAAGAAACCGUAGCAUCCAAACUGAAGAAAAUGGGCAUGAAAUUGGAAGCUCCCAAGAUUGACUUCAAGCUGUCGACUGGUUGGGCCUCCAAGAUGACCGAUUCCAUCAUGGAAAGCUUUGCCACCGUUGGUAAGGGUGGAUUCGAAAUGGUCAAGGAAAUUCAGAGCUCCCUCAAUACCACAAUGGUGGAGGACAUGGAUAUUACUUACGAGGAAGCGUUGGAUAAGAUGAGCAACAGUGUCCAAGGAUUCGUCAAGAUUUGUUCCAUUUUGGGAGAUGCCGUCAAGGACGUGGCAGCGGAAAUGAAAAAGAGUAGCCCUGCCAAGAAGAAGAUGCCCAUCCAGCAAACGUUAAAGGAGGAAAAUGUGCAGAAGGUCAUCAAGCGUGCUUCGCUGCGCAUUGAAGAUGCCAUGGUAACCAUGUUGAAGGAAGAGGAAGAAGCAGCAACUCAACCACCAGUGGUGGAGGAGCCUCCCAAGGUUUCCACGGAAACGUGGGGCUCCUACUUGGAUCAGCUACAAGAAAUGAAGGCGAAAAUUUCUGCACCCGUCAAGGAAGAGGAACCCCAAGUGGAAGAACCGGUGUUGCAAGAAAGCGCCCCCGAAAAGCCAACCGUAUUGUUCCAGGACCUCAUGUCCAAGAACGAAAGAGAUGCCAUGAUCACUUCUGUUUUUGAACAAGUGGCUGCCAAUGCCAACAUGCCCGGCGACAAGCUCAAGAAUGCCAUGAAGAAGUUCCAACGAGAAGUCGGGAAUCGACCCGUCGACUUGGAUGCUACUACUCCAUUGGAGGAAAUUAAAUCCAAGGCUACUUCCGUGUUUGGCAACCUCAAGUCAUCAGCAUCGUCGUUGGCCGAGAACGUUUCGGCCAAAGCCAACGAGUUGCAGAAAACAAAGAAGGCAGCACCAAGCAAGCCAAAGGUGAAGAAUCCCUUUGCUUCCUUGUUCAACAAGGAAAACAAGUAG